CAGAUGCCUUGUCAAUGCUGACUAAAUUUUUUGUUAACUUUAACGAUCAAUACUAACGGAACAAUAGUUCAGGACAUAAAUGAAAUAUUGAAAAGAAUAGGACACAAGUGGCAUUUUGGUAAUAGUUCGGGUGUGGUAGUGGUAUUAGCGCUAAAAUAAAAUUUUAAUUAGAGUCCACCAAGUAUAAUUUUGAUAUUCUAUCCCAUUAAUGUAAAUAUAUUGAUAUAAAGAAAAUCCAAUUUAAUUCAAAUUAAUUAAUAAAUAUGAACUAUCCGAUCUCAUACUCUAAUGUUGCCAUCCCUUCAACGAGCAGACGACCCGCUUAAUGCCAUCAGGAUCAGGCCAUGUAGCUAAACGGCCCAGAGUAUACCGGCAAGAAAAGAAAAGAAUAAAAUCCGAAGACUGAAAAAAGUGAAAACAAUCCGUUAAAGAGGGAAAACACGGCGAGCCUCACUAUCCCUCUCUCCCGCCAUGAAAUCACUCCCUAUCCUCUUACCUCUUCAGCUUUCUUCUCCACUUUCCCUCCCCUUGGUCGUCUCCACUUCAUUUCCAUACUUCCAACCUCUCUCCCAAACCCUAGCCUUCUGCCGCCCUAGGUUGAUCCCCUCCCAAUCCUCACUCGCUCCGCGGCGGCUCCACUCCAAGUCCCCCAACUCUACUUUCCCAACCGAAUCGCAGCUCUACGACGCUGACGACCGAGAAGAAGAGGACGACAGGGACGACGAUGACGAAGAAGACGAAGACGACGACGACGAUGAUGAGGAAGCCGCUGAUGAAUACGACUACGACGACGAGGACGACGGAGUCGAACCAAACGAAGAUGAAACCGAAGUAUCGAUGGCGACGGGAGAGAUCUCGGCUUGGCGCGAGGAGACGAAGUUGCAGAGAGUCGAGCGCCUCCGUGCUGUAGUCAAAGAGUUCGGGGAUGAGAUUAUUGACGUUGAUGAGCUCGCUUCCAUCUAUGAUUUCCGCAUCGACAAAUUUCAGCGGUUAGCUGUAGAAGCGUUCUUGAGGGGCUCCUCGGUCGUGGUCUCUGCUCCUACCAGCAGCGGGAAGACGUUGAUAGCUGAAGCAGCUGCGGUGGCUACAGUAGCACGGGGAAGGAGGAUCUUUUAUACCACUCCGCUUAAGGCAUUGUCCAAUCAGAAGUUCCGCGAUUUCCGGGAGACGUUUGGAGAUGACAAUGUCGGUCUUCUCACUGGAGAUUCUGCUGUCAAUAAAGAUGCUCAGAUUUUGAUCAUGACUACAGAAAUUCUGCGUAAUAUGCUGUACCAAAGCAUUGGGACAGUUUCUUCGGGUAGUGGACUCCUCUUUGUGGACGUGAUUGUCCUAGACGAAGUUCAUUAUCUAAGUGAUAUAUCUCGAGGAACAGUGUGGGAGGAGAUUGUUAUUUACUGCCCUAAGGAGGUUCAGUUGAUAUGUCUGUCAGCAACUGUAAAGAAUCCAGAUGAGCUCGCUGGUUGGAUACGUGAGGUGCAUGGAGAAACUGAAUUGGUGACAUCUGCCAGACGUCCAGUUCCACUAACUUGGCAUUUUUCUACAAAGGCGUCUCUGCUUCCUCUUCUUGAUGAGAAAGACAAAGGAAAGCGCAUGAACAGGAAAUUAUCCCUUAAUUACUUGCAGCUUUCUGCCCCAGGGUCUAAAUCAUAUAAAGAUGAUGAUUGGCCAAGGAGAAGGAAUCCAAGAAAACGUAGAGGUCGAAACGAUUAUGAUGGCAAUCUCAUGAAUCCUGAAGAGUCCCUUUCAAAAAAUGAUAUAAGCAGAAUCCGACGCUCAUUGGUCCCUCUUGUCGUUGACACAUUAGGUCAGCUCAGGGCAAGAGAUAUGCUGCCAGCAAUCUGGUUCAUCUUCAACCGAAGAGGAUGUGAUGCUUCUGUGAAGUAUCUUGAAGGUUGCAAGCUCUUGGAUGAAUGUGAAACAACUGAGGUUGAACUUGCUCUCAAGAAGUUUACUCUUCAGAAUCCUGAUGCCGUCCGUGAGACUGCCAUCAGAGGACUUCGAAGAGGAAUUGCUGCUCAUCAUGCUGGCUGUCUACCUUUGUGGAAAUCAUUCAUCGAGGAAUUGUUCCAGAGAGGACUCAUUAAGGUCAUCUUUGCUACAGAAACCUUAGCUGCUGGGAUCAACAUGCCUGCUAGAACAGCUGUCAUCUCAUCCAUCAGUAAGAGGAAUGCCAGUGGUCGUAUUCAGUUAAGCCCAAAUGAGCUGCUUCAAAUGGCUGGCCGGGCUGGACGUAGAGGCAUUGACGAAAAGGGCAAUGUCGUCCUGAUUCAAAGCUCCACUGAAGGCGCUGAAGAAGCCUGCAAACUUCUGUUUGCUGGACUAGAACCACUCGUUUCCCAGUUCACUGCUUCCUAUGGGAUGGUUCUGAACUUGCUUGCUGGUUCUAGAGUCACUCGUAGACUGAACGAGUCUGGUGACACAGAGCCUCUCCAGGCAGGGAGAACUUUGGAGGAAGCGAAGAAACUGGUGGAGAGAAGUUUCGGAACGUACAUUGGUAGCAACGUAAUGGUUGCUUCCAAAGAGGAGCUCUCGAGAAUCCAGAAAGAGAUUGAGAUUUUGACAUCAGAAAUUAGCGACGAGGCAGUAGAUAGAAGGAGCCGGCAGAUCUUACCAGAGUGGGCUUAUAAAGAAAUCGCACUACUUCAGGAACAGCUGAGAGAAGAAAAACGCCUUCGGACUGAACUAAGAAGAGUGGUGGAAGUACAAAGAUUGAAUGCGCUAAAAAGUCUCCUUGCGGAAAUGGGAAAUGACCAGUUACUCUUUUUGUGCUUACAUUACAAAGACUCGGAUGGAGUUGAACAUUCAGUUCCUGCUGUUUACUUGGGAAAGGCCGAUUCCUUCAGUAGCCCGAAACUAAUGGACUUGGUUUCUGUCGAAGAUUCGGUUCCUGUACCCAGCGAGUCAAGUGAUGCCGAUGCUGACGAAGAAGAAACUCCUGACGUAAUGGAACCGUCUUAUCAUUUAGCAUUGGGGUCGGACAAUUCAUGGUAUCUCUUCACAGAGAAAUGGAUCAGAACUGUUUACAGGACUGGCUUCCCCAACGUUCCAUUGGCACAAGGCGACGCUUUGCCCCGAGAAGCCAUGUGGAUGCUUCUGGACAAAGAGGAGAAGCAAUGGGAAAAGAUAGCUGAUUCUGAACUGGGCGGAUUAUGGUUCUCAGAAGGAUCCCUGGAAACAUGGUCAUGGAGCUUAAACGUCCCCGUUCUAACCAGUCUGUCUGAGAACGACGAGAUACUGCAUAAGUCACAAGCUUACCACGACGCUGUGGUGGAGUACAAGGACCAACGUAACAAGGUGGCGAGGUUGAAGAAAAGAAUAUCGAGAACAGAAGGAUUCAGAGAGUACAAAAAGAUCCUGGAACGGAAGAACGCGACACAGGACAAGAUCAAGCGGCUGAAGAUGAGGUCAGCCAGGUUGUCCGAAAGAAUCAGGGAGAUCGAACCGUCAGGGUGGAAAGAGUUCCUGAAGAUCUGCAACGUGGUGCACGAGCUCAGGGCGUUGGAUAUAAACACACAGAUGAUCUUCCCACUGGGGGAGACUGCAGCGGUGAUUCGUGGGGAGAACGAGCUGUGGCUGGCAAUGGUGGUUCGGAACAGGAUCCUACUGGACCUGAAGCCGUCGCAGCUGGCAGGGGUGUGUGCGAGCGUGGUCUCCGAAGGGAUCAAAGUGCGCGUCCACGAGAACAGCAGCUACAUCUACGAGCCCUCAAGCGUGGUGGUUCGCGUGGUGGGAGCGCUGGAGGAGCAGAGGAGUCGGUUUGUGAAGAUUCAGGAGAGGCACGGGGUGGGGAUUUCUUGCUUCUUGGACAGCCAGUUUGCCGGGAUGGUGGAGGCGUGGGCUUCUGGGUUAAGCUGGAGGGAGAUGACGAUGGAUUGCGCCAUGGACGAUGGGGAUCUAGCGAGGCUUUUGAGGAGGACGAUCGACUUGCUGGCGCAGAUUCCCAAGUUGCCUGAUGUCGACCCGGCUCUGAAGAGCAAUGCCAAGUCUGCUGCAGAUAUCAUGGAUCGUUCUCCCAUCAGUGAACUUGCUGGAUGAAAGUCUCCCUUCACAAAAUUGUUCCCCCAAGUUGGGUCUUGUUCUGUUUGUCAGUGCCAAGCUUGGUCCAUAAGAUUCAAUCCCUUGGUGGAAGAUUAGAUGAUAUCGUUAGUUUGAUUUUUGAGAAUCCGCAUCCGAUUCUUUGAUCAUGAAUUUGAUCAUCCGAAUUAAUAUUUGGCUGAAUCAGAUCGGAUUGAUACAAUGUUGUUCUUCUGUCCUUGAUCCUCAUAACUAUUGAACCGGCUGUACUCUGCGAUUUGUAAUGGUACACCCGCGACAAAAGUAAGCAUGGCCUGGCUGAACUGAGGCGUAACGUUAGAGAAAAAUGAAUGAUAAAUGAGAUG